AUGGCAUCUGGAGAUAUUCUGCAUUUCAAGAAAAGAGUAUCUGAUACGGAUGUUCUUAAAGAAUUGGGUAUAUACAGGAAAGAGAAGAUCAAGGGUGUGGAGGAAGAUAAUUCGUUCAGUAACCGUUUAGAUUGUGAUGGGAAAACUGUUGGAUCUCAGUCAGGGGAAGAAGCAGAAUGCGGUUCUCUUUCUGAAUACGAAACUGAUGAAACCAAUUCCUAG